UAGAGCAAACGAGAGAAAAUGUCGCAGAGUUGUGUUAUGUCUUUAGUUUCUACAAAACUUAUGAGAGGAUCUUUCUUCUUAUUCUCACCCAAGGCUAAGCCAUGGUGCACACGGUUAAUCGGAGCGGUGAAAUCGGUCUCGUGUACUACUAAACCGGUUAGAGGGUUAAUGUCCUUGACUAACACUAUCACCCAGUUCGAUUUCGUUAGCCAAACCGGAGAACCGGAAAUUCAAUUUCCCGGUGGGUCACCCUCCGAGGAAGAGCUACCUUCACGGCCAAGUAAAGGUCCAGAGUGGGCUCCGUUAGAAGUUCCAGAGCUUCCUUAUAUACCGGAGAUAAAUCCGUCAGAAACUCCACCGGAAGUUACUACGGUUCCCAAUGAUCCACCACCGCUUGGACCGCCGCAAAAUCCAGGUCCUGAGUUUCCGGUUCCACCAUCUCCGUCUCCACCAAUGCCAGAUACCCCAGAUCCACCCGUGCCUGAAAGACCACCUGAUAUUGUGCCUCCGAACUGGGAACCACCUCGCACACCGGAGAUUCCACCGCCGGGAAUCGACCCGCCACUGCCCGGAAUAGAUCCGCCACCGCCUAUGGGCCCCACAAUCAUGUAACAAAACAUACUACGGUUGAACACAAUCACAAGA